AGUUUUUGGAAGAACGUGCCUACCAUACGGACCACACCUUUCCUCAUCGUCUCUCCAUCUACUGCACAGUACCCAGUUGAGUAGUUGACACUUUCCGGCAGUUCAUCUAGAGACUAGAAUGGCUUGUACGCCGGCGUCCACGGCGCUGCUCUCCUCCCAUCCCAGGGCUGUAACAUCUCUCAACUCCCUCGCGAAACGAUCUUCUUUCUCUCAUUGUGCUGCUGCUCCCUCCCCCUUCACUGGUCUCCGCUAUUCCAAGCCCUCCGUCUCCCGCAUUCCUCGCUUUCUCUCUUCCCGCUCCACUCAUUCCAAACACCGCAGAUUCGUCGUCCGCGCCUCUACUAAACUUCCGUUGGUAGGGAAUAAAGCGCCUGACUUUGAGGCUGAGGCUGUUUUCGACCAGGAAUUCAUCAAUGUUAAGCUUUCUGACUACAUUGGGAAGAAGUAUGUGAUUCUUUUUUUCUACCCGCUGGACUUCACAUUUGUUUGUCCAACUGAGAUCACUGCUUUCAGUGACCGCUAUGAGGAGUUUCAGAAGUUGAACACUGAGGUUUUAGGUGUAUCCACAGAUAGUGUGUUCUCUCAUCUUGCAUGGGUCCAAACUGAAAGAAAAUCUGGAGGAUUGGGCGAUCUGAAGUAUCCAUUGAUUUCUGAUAUGACCAAAUCAAUUUCAGAGUCAUUCAAUGUGCUGAUUCCAGAUCAGGGAAUCGCACUUAGGGGACUCUUCAUCAUUGACAAAGAGGGAUUUAUUCAACACACAACCAUCAAUAAUCUUGCUAUUGGCCGAAGUGUUGAUGAAACAUUGAGAACCCUCCAGGCGUUGCAAUACGUCCAGGAGAAUCCGGACGAAGUAUGCCCAGCUGGUUGGAAGCCAGGUGAGAAGUCCAUGAAGCCCGAUCCCAAGCUGAGCAAGGAGUACUUUGCAGCUAUAUAAACUAAAACGAUAUAUAAAUCAAUGGGUCUGAACAUUCUCUCUCGGCCAUUUGUACUUUUGUACGUUUUGUCGUAUGAAAAUGGAUGCUUCAGGUGACGUUUAAAUGUACAAGUCGGGGCACGUUUUGCCCGCAACUCAGCAUCUAUUUAUGCUCCUCAGUCCUAUGCUGAGUGCUGACAAUUAUUCACAAAUGUCCUUUUGACUUGCAGAUAAUUGCGAAUCCAUUUAGGUUUUUAUUUUUAAAAAAAAUGAGUAUUUAAAGUACUUGUGCCCUCUUUUAAUCUUCCCCCCUUGUUGAUCAUAAGGUCAACUAUAAAGGUAUUUCUUUGUU